AUGCAUAAUGCAUCCCUUUCAUUUCAUCAAUUAGUUGCUUUGAUCCAAGGCUUUUCCUCUUGUGUUUCAGCUACAACUUUAACUGGAUUUCACUUUUCUGUAACUACAUUGAUUGGUUGGAUUUCAAAUGCCACUGGCUAUUCUGAAUCCAAGUCUAUUCCCUUCUGGGAACUCCUUUGGUUCUCGAUUAUCACCAACACGUCGAUAGUAGCCAUGAACUUCAACCUCAUGUUAAACUCUGUUGGAUUCUAUCAGAUAUCAAAGCUGAGCAGGAUACCAGUGGUUUGUGUACUUGAGUGGAUUCUUCAUGGAAAACAAUACUCAAGGGAAGUGAAGAUGGUUGUUACUAUGGUCGUCAGUGUUGGAGUCUGUACGGUGACUGAUGUCAAAGUUAAUGUCAAAGGCUUUCUUUGUGCCUUGGUAGCAAUCUUAUGCACAUCACUACAAAAAAUAUCAAUAGGUUCAUUACAGAAGAAGUACUCAAUAGGUUCCUUUGAAUUACUAAGCAAAACAGCUCCUAUACAAGCACUUUCCCUUCUAACAGUUGGUCCGUUCAUUGACUAUUGCCUUACUAGCAAAUCUCUACUGAAAUAUAACUACACUUUUGGUGCAUUCUGUUUCAUAUUACUGUCAUACUCCCUAGCUGUAUUCUGCAACAUUAGUCAAUAUUUGUGCAUCGGGCGUUUCUCGGUCGUAUCAUUCCAGGUUUUAGGCCAUAUGAAGACGGUAUGCGUGCUGAUGUUGGGGUGGCUGCUCUUUGAUUCAGAGAUGACAUUGAAGAACAUAUCAGGGAUGGUUUUUGCUAUUGUUGGGAUGGUGAUGUAUAGCUGGGCAGUUGAAAUUGAGAAAAAAGCCAAUGCAAUGGCCAUCCCUCAGAUAAGUGUUUGGAAGGGGUGGGGAGGAGAUGGAUUUCUUGCAACAACAAGGGAUUCAGGUGAAAAUUGUUCUUGGGUCCCUAGGUUGUAUUUGAGGUAUUAUUCAAUAAGGAUUAGAUUCAAGAAAACUCCAAGAUUGGGUGAGCUUGUGCGUGCUUUAGGAGGUGCUAUAGCAUCAACUUCUCUUUUUGGAGUUCCUCUAGGACAUAAUUCAUCAUUUCUUCAAGGUCCAACAUUUGCACCUCCUCGGAUCAGGGAGGUUAUCUAG